CGGUGGCAGCAGCAGCUAUCGACCAACCUUCGGCGUGCGCGGUUGUUGUGGCGGUUGUGCGUACGUUUUUUUUCCAAAAUAACAUUCGUAGUCGGUACUCGUUGCGCUUACUCGUUCGGUGUAUAGUGUUAAUUUUACGCGAGUGAUUAAAUCGAAACGGAUUAGCUUGUGUCGUCGUUCAAACGUAAUAUUCUUAUACAGUGUGCGAGAGUUUGUUAUUUUCAGGAAAGACAUUUCCUAACUUGAGAUUCGUAAUUCGUUUCGAAUGGCUUCGCAAAGUCAAGUGGUGUCCGAGUUCGCGGGAUUUUCGUCGGUUUUCGUCGUUAUUGUUGGGUCACAGUGCGCGUAAUAAACGAUGACUGUAGGGCCCAUGACACGGAACGGUGAAUGUAAGAAGUUCUCGCCCAACAUAUUCAACAAGUCAAAAUGUACCAAUUGCUUCAGGCAGAAGGAGGAACACAGUGCCGAAGCUUUGGAGAGCAAUCGAGCUACCAGGAAGGCUGUGAAAUGCGGAUAUUUAUUCGUUGCGCCUGGGCGAGACUUCACCAACCCUAUCAAUCGAACAAAAAGAUGGCAGAGAAGGUGGUUCGUGCUAUUCGACGACGGAGAACUGAUUUAUUCGCUGGACGAACACCCGGACACCGUACCACAAGCCAGACUGGACAUGUUUACAGCCAUCGCUGUAGAAGAAGCUGACGAAGCGACUGGAAAUCCACACAGUUUAGCCAUUACAUCCUCCGACCGGAGUAUUCACUUUGUCAGAGGAGCAUGCAGAGAAGAAGCCAAGGGUUGGAAGGACGUACUUACCUCAUACAUGCGUCAUACUACUCAGAUAACUCCAACGACCAAUGGCAGCAUACCAAAGCACAAGCGGAACUCGACAUUCCCAGGUCCGAACACUACAUCCGGUGCUCUGAAUGGACCAGUAGUAGUCAGAGCCACUACCAUUUCUACGAGUACAAAUUUGGCUAGUCAUCAGCAGCAAACGACGGGAUGGGUGACUUCAACAACAAGUUUACCCGAUCGAGACCAAAGACCGCGUUCAUCUACAGCUCCCGUUAUUGUGGCCACGGUCCCUACAAACAAAACUGACCGAAAAAUUUAUUCAAAUUCACCGCCUACUCGGGAAAAAAUUCGCACCGAUGAUAAUGUACGACUUAGGUCCUCUGAGCAACAUCGGUCAAAUUCUAGUUUGUCCCAAACAUCUUCUUCUGGGUGGGAUCAAACAGAUUCAACAGAUUGCGUUACCAGAAGAUUGUUGAUCGAGGAUUACCAAAGUGAAUGUAAGCUAAAAGAAAUCGCUGAUUCGAUCACUAGGUUACAUCCUCGUAAUAUAAGUAAUGGGAUAUUAUCCAAACCUAGAAACAUGGAGCCCACUAGGGAUUCAGAUAUUACCAAUCAAAAACAGGUACGUGGAGAUCCGGAUGGCUGUGGGUUGGAUUUGUCUUUACGGUAUUCACCUAGUUCAGAACUGAGAGUUGAUUUACCGACUGAGGAUUUAUUGAAUAUCAAGAAAGGCUGGCUUAUGAAACAAGGAAGCACAUCAGAUGAAUGGAACAAACAUUGGUUUGUAUUGAGGGGUUCUGCGUUAUUAUUUUAUCGUGACCCGACGGCUGAAGAUCAAGGUAUAUUAGAUGGUGUAGUCGAUUUAAGUUGCGUAACUACCGUUAGUGAAGUACAAGUCAACAGGAAUUACGGGUUUCAAACAAUCUCUUGGGAUGAUAAAAAAGUUAUAUUAUCAGCAAUAACUUCUGGAAUACGAACUAAUUGGGUAUCGGCCAUACGAAGAUCCGCUGGUCUUACUGACGAAAAUAUCAUGACCAAACCUUCUUUGGAUGGUACAUUGUCUUCUUCGAGGUCGAUUAUUUUUUCUUCAGAUGAUGAAUAUAGAACAGCAUCUGAAUGUGGAAGACGUGAAAGUAGUGAUUGGGGUGAUACAUUACCACCUUCACCUCCUCUUAACCGGACUCCUAUAUCAAAAGUUAAAGAAAGAGCGAGAGGUGGACCUAGGAGUAGAAUAUUUACAGGAGGAUCCCUAGCAGCUAAACGUUCAAAAUCUUCUCCUCCUGUGUCUCCAAGAAGCAUUUCUGAAAGUUCAAAGUCUGAUGAACUUUUACUAUCGUCGUGCGCAGAAUCUGAUGAUACUAAAAGUGAUCGAAGUUCAUUAGUGGGCCGAGUAGGGAAACAAACAGAUGAACUGGAUGAUGUUAAAAAACAAUUAACUAGUGUGCUGUGUCAGUUGAGUAAUGCUGAGCAAGAAUUAAUAAGACUGCGACAACGCAAGCAUGAUGUGUUAGCGUUACAAAAGCAAGUAGAAGCAAUGGGAACGUCAUUAAAAAUGGCCGAAGAAAUGAUAAAACAAAAAUCAGAACAAUUGAUAGAAUUUGAAUCAAUAAAAAAAAUUUACAGAGAUGAAAAGAAAAACUGGGAAACUGCCCUGUGUUCAGUGCAAAAUGAGUCGGAAAAACACCUUGAGGAAUUGGAAAGAACUAGAGAACAGGUCUCUAGGCUUAGAGGCACCCUUACAGAUGUAUCCGAUCGAUUAGCUAGAGGAAUCGAAGAAAAUGAAUCCCUUUACAGGAGAGUUCGUGAAUUAGAAGGUCGAUCAGUGCCAAUAAAUGUAUCUAUCCGGGAUAGUAGAGCUAGGAGUUUAGAUUCACUUAGUGAUUUAACCAAUAUAGAUUUAGACUUGGAUACUGAGAACAUGGAUAAAGAGAGGAUUAUUGACGAAUAUGAAGAUCUACGCUGUAGAUUCGAAAAAGCUGUUCAAGAAAUAAGAGCAAUGAAGCGUGAACUUAGAGAAUCAAACAUUCAAACUGAUUGUUUGGAAUUAGAGUUGAUUAAUGCCAGACAAGAUUUACAAAUUAGACAACAAACGUACGAGGCUCAAGCUUCUAUGAUGGCAGCUAGAAUUCAAGAUCUAACUACCAAACUUACUGCAGCUGAUAAACAGAUUCGUUUGUUAAAACAAAAACUUACCAAGUCGGAAGGGCGAGAUAAACGUCGUUCAUUGUCGCUCAAAGGACGUGAAUCGUUUACUAUAUGUAAAGAGUUAGAAGAGAAAUUAGUGGAUUUAGAAAAGAAAAUCGGUAAACUCGACGCAACUAAUGGUAAUGUAAUAGAAAAAUCUGAUUCCAAGGAUACGGGAUGUCGAGCUAGUACAGUUGCGUCUAGGCUCCGUCGAAAAUCGUUGGAUAGCGCUACGAGUAGUGAACCGAUGAAAGUGCUUAUUAGAAUGACUUCUUUAGAAAAUAGAGUCACCGAUAUGCAAAAAGCUAAUUCAGAUACUAUGAAUAUCAUCGUAGAAGAUGGUGUUGAUACCAAAGAAGUUGAAAUCUGCAAAAUCGAGUCCGCCUGGCGUACUAAAAUGAGCGAAAUUGCAUCCAAAAGAAGAAAACUUCAAGACGAAGGUUGUUUAGACGAUGAAGCUAAAACAACAUUAUUAGCUGAAAAAGUUGCCACUGAAUCAGUUUUUUUAAAUAAAUUAAGACAGUUAAUUAAAAAUGACAUUGCAGUAGAAACAACAAACCGAAUUAAAAACCGACUCGACUCUAAUAUCGAUUUAUUUGCGGAGGUAGAUAAAAUAGUUGGAAUAAAAAAUAACACAGAAAAAAGAGUAAAAGAAUUUAUGGACAACCGUAUGAGUGUUAUACAAAAAUACAAAUGGGAUGCUGACGAAGUGAAAACUAUUGCUUAUGACUUUGAGAACAUCGUUACGGACACUGAAAUGCACAUGGCAUUAGACUACUAUUUCAAAACUCAAGAUCUAUCUGACAAGAGUAGCGUCAUGCUGAUCCAAUGUGUAAUGAAUAGAGGGAAAUUAGAAACUUGGUUGAAUGAAGUUCGAAAUUCGAUUGAAAUAAAAAUUGACGAACUCUUGCAGACUUUACCAAUGAAGUCAAAACGUACUGAGGAUAAAAGUUGUUUAGAGGAGUAUUUCGAAGUGGCAGUACUCCAUUGUAUGCUCGAAUCCGGUUUGAAUCUAGUUGAGAAGACUCCAAAAUGUAAGACAGACAUGGAUGAAAGCGAGGCUUUAUCUGAGUGCCAAUACCUAGCAGCUAAAAUGUGCCAGUGUUUGCCUCCACUAGACGAUAAACGUAUGUUGCACGAUAGUCUGGGAGGAGUUGAAACCGAAGUGAUGGCUUUACGGUCAUGCAUGGAAGAGAUAAUUGAUAAGCGGCAUUUGAAUGGACCUGUGUCUGAUCCACAGCCUUUACGCAAUGAAAAUAAGACUACAUCUUGGAUAGAGGACGUGUGUAACAAGUGUCACGACUUACGCAUGCAAAUAGCCUCACUGCAAAUGUAUCUAGCUCAGUGCCAGGAAUGCCAGAGAUGUGUUUAUCUACAAGAAAAAAUCAAGGGAUACGAACAGGAACGCGAUGUCGAAUUGGAAGCUGUUAAUAAGCGACACCAGUUAGAUGUGGCUGAAUUAAAGAGUCGCUUGGAGGAAGAAAAACAAAAAUUGUCGGCCGUAAACGACCAGGAACAAAAUGUACUUAAGGACCGAGUGAAAAAAUUAGAAAAACGCUUGAGUGCAUUGGACUCAGAAUACAGUCAACAAAUGGAUAAUUUAAGGUUAUCCUAUCAAAUUUCGUUGGCUUCAAAUGAUUCGUCUAACAGUGUUAUGACAGAAGAAUCAACCAAGUUGAGGUAUCAAACGGAAAUCGAACAUUUAAGGGCAUUAUGUGAAAAAGGUCUGCUAGCAAUGGAGAACUCACAUAGACGUAUUAUCGUUGAACUAGAGGAAAAACACCGCCAAGAAACCGAAUCGUUAAAACUAGAAAAAGAACAGGCGCUUGCUGAAGAAACACAUGCGACUUUGGCCGCAUUGGAUGCAAUGAGAAAAGCACACGAGGCUGAAGUGCAAAAAGAAGUAACCAAAUUCAAGACUGAAUUUUUGAAAAAGAUCCAAUCCAAUCACGACAUCGGUGCUCUCCACAAAGAACACGAAGCCGAAAUGGAAGAGAUCAAAAAAGAAAUUCUCUCGUUGUCCGAAAAAUACUCAAUCAAGUGCGUCGAAUCAGCUAACUUAGAAGAAGAACUGAAAACGGCAAAUUCUCAACUGGCGCAAGCUCAGCAGCAGAUCAUACAAUUGGAUUCCAGGAAUAAGCAACUCCGUGCUCACUUGGUGUCCGAAGCCAACGAUAACGUAUCGUCAGACUUUGAAAUCACGACGGACGCCGAAUUAGGUCGAUUAAAACAAGACAUACUCCAUGGCGAAUCGCUUGACAGCAUUUUGAACAGUUUUGAACAGUACGACGCGACUGUGAGGCGGGUCGACCGGCCCGUCGUAGUGGCGCUGGUAAAUAAGUUGCGGACCGUCACGGCCUGCAGGAGCCGCACUCGAGAGUCCACUGUCAACGGGUCACUCGUUACACCAGAAGCGAGUAACGUGACUCCUUGUCACGCGGAACCCUCGGCUCUAAACCCACCAGCAGAGCCGAAGAGGUCUCCGAAGAAACUGUGCAGGGCUAACAGCAUUUUGCUGAGGUCGCCGGCCAUGUGCGGCGUGGUGGCCGACCGGAAGAUGUUCGAACGGCGGUAAAACUAGGCGCCCGUCCGCCGGAAGUCGUCGUGCAUCCAUAUCCGUAUCCCGUGCACGGUCGUCCACGACGUAUCACGCGUAUAUAUAGUUAUUGUUUGUUACGAUAUAUAAUAUAUUAUACGAUUGAUACCGUAAUAAUAAUAAUAAUAUUAUAUUAUAUGUACCUGCACGCGCACGCGCAAUACCAGUACCUUUUAUAAUGUAUGUAUAUUUUGACAUGUACGCUAGUAUUAUGCGUGUGUAUGUGUGUGAUUCAUAUUGAAUCGUUUUUGUUCUUUAUCGUUAUAUAAUGUUAUUUCAUAUGUAUAUUUAUAUAAUAUAUAAACCUAUUAUAUAUUAUUAUGUUUAUAUUUUAAUUAAAAGGUUUUUUUUUUCUUCCCCCUUUUAUACGUUUGGAAAAACGCAUGUGUUCAGCCCUUAUUAGUUUUGUAUACCAAUAAUCAUAAUACAGUUGUGCAUAACAAUACGAUAUUUUAUUAUUAUUGAAGUACACCGUAGGUAGGUAAUCGUAUUAUUAAUUAUUAAAAUAUUUUUAGUCGUGCGUUGUGCGUAUCGUACUUUUACUCAAACGAGUCAAACGUAUUGUGUGUAUUAUAUUAUAUUGUGUGUGGCAACGAUGAAACCGAAGGCGUUAAACAUUUUGAAUAUAUAAUUAUUAUACAGUAUUUGUUUUUUUUUUCACAAGUUUAUUAUGUAUGAUAAUACGAAAUUAAAAAAUGUUCGUCGUCGCGUGUUUUAUCUUAUUUUUAUUAUUGCAUUAUAUGUAUUUUUUUUUUUUUUUUGAUAUUAGAUAGUGUUUUUUUUUUUUGUUGAAUAGUGUUACAAAACUAACCAAAUAUGUUGUGUGCGUAACACACUUACCCCACUCCCCACCUGUAAGCCCGUUCAAGUCGUGAAAUUGUUUAGCAAAACAAAUCAUAAUAUAUUAUGUACAAAUUUUUUUUCGUUUGACACUUAUGACUUUAUGAGUUAAUUUUUUACCGUUCUAUUGUACCGUUAAAUCUCCCCUCUUAUUAUUAUUAUUUUUUUUUUUAGUUUAAGUUUUUUUUUGUUGUUAUGUGAAGCUCAAUCUAACAAAUAAAUCAUUUUUGCGGUUUGUUUAA